GUGAGAAGGGCAUUUCCCGUAAUUAAGAGAAGAUACGUGCCCUUUGUUUAGUUAUUGCGUCGUUCCCGUUUUCUGACAAAAUUAUAAUAAUAAUAAUAAUAAUAAUAAUACGAGCUUUGCCCUUUUUGGUCUUUUGCUGCGUCUUCGUUCCAUCUCGAUUUUGUUCUUGCUUGAUUCGAUCUCUUAAUUCGUUGUGAAUUCUUCUAAUUGAUUACCAGCUUCCGUCAGCUCUUGUUUUUCUGCGUCGGUCAAUCCCCAUUUUCGGUUGUAUCAAUCGUCUUAUCCAUCCUUAGGGUUUCGUUUUGGAAUAUUCUUGAUCUGUCUUUUCCUCGCCGGAUCUGAGAAACUCCUUUAUUUUAUGUCCGAUUUUAGUUAUGGAUGUAUCUUAUAACUUCGUAUCGUUUCUGUUUUUGUAAAUUAUUUACAUCGUUUUGUAUUUUCACGAUUUAUAGUUAUAGAUCCGUUGAUGGUUUGUUCGGAUUAUAAGAUACCACACCACAUAGUCUGAUUAAGCGAGAUUCUUUUUUUUUUUGACAAUAAGGAUUAAUUAUUUUUACUCGACUUCCUUCGUGCCGGAGUAGAUAGAUCUAGGGUUAGGGUUUUCUGCAAUUAGGACUUCUUCUUUUUUGAAUAAAUUUCUUUGGGGAAAGUGUGGAAUUAGGGUUCACUUGCCUGAAUACUCCGAAUUGGAGCCAUUAUUGUCUUGUUCAGGGUUGGCGAUAAAGUUCUACGGGAGACUGGAUUAAGGUAUAUGUGGUUUUCAUUUUGGUAGUUUCUUGCAAUUUGUACAUUUAUUGUUAUGGUAAUUUGUAUUCAAAUUGCUGAAGAAAAUUUAGCAGUCUAAUGACUAAGUUGUCCCUUAGGGGGAAUAAUUACGUUUGUCUGAAAAUGAUGCUUUCCAGGCUCUAUCAAGUAAAGGGUGCAUGGAUCAUUGGGCCCACUAUCCUUUCUUGAUGAUAUUAAUAAUAUUAAUUAAUUUAAUGUUAAUUAACUAAAAUAAGAGUCAUUGUUUCGGUAAUCGCAAUUUCCGCUUUUAGAGUUUUGAAUUUUGCUUGACAAUUGGCUGCUACAUUCGAUAGAGCUCAAGUUGCUUGCUUCUUUCGUUAUCAUUCCUCAGUUCUGAUGUGAUUGUUCAUUCCCUCUUUUGCUUUCUUCCUUUAUUGGCAACUAAAGAGUCUUCUGAUAUAAGUGCAUGCAAGCUUCUGGUUUUACUUUUCAAGGUUUUACUUAUUAAGAAAAGGAAGCAUCGAAUUUUCUAGUCAUUUACUACCGCAUGUGGCUGUUUUAUUUGUAUCACAUUGUGGCGUUUAGAAGAGUAACAGUAAAUAUUUAGUACGUGUGAGUGUGUAUAUGAUAUUUAACUGCUGUUAAAAUUGUUUUAGUAGCACUCUUUUAUUGUUGAAACUUCUGCAUAUACUUAUUUGUUUGUUAUGGAUUGAGAAUAUGCUUGAUUUUAGUUCAAAUACAGGAUUCUUAUAGUUUUACUUCGGAUAAUAUUUAGCGGGAAAUUAUAAUUGGUGUUUAGUUGAUUGAUUUGAGGUCCUGAAUGGGUAAUGGAACUUACUGAAUAGUGUACACACUUAAUCUAUUUCUUUAAUCUUAAAUAGAUGGUUCGAAUUGAGAUAAUGGUAGAAAAAAAAGAUGGGAACAGUUGUCCUGGAAAAUCCUAUAGAGAUCUAGUGGUUAUGGAAAUUAGUGAGUGGAGUUUCAAAUAUGUUUCUCUAAGCAGGUCAUGAAUAACUUAUUUUAAUAAUAAUAUGAUCUGGCAAUUUGCGGACAAAGGUUGUUACACGUUCCUUAUCCCUCUGAGAAACAUUCAUUAUCCAUUGUUGAGCGAUCUUAUUGGUUCUUUUGAUUCAAUAUUAUAAAACAUAUUACUUUGACAGUUGUAAUAAGGGGCCAGCUUGGCUUCUUACUUGUUUGAAGUUCUUUCCUGCAGGUAAAAAUGGUACAGAAGCGUCCUUUUGAUGCUGAGGAAAUGCUUGAGGUGUCUUUUAAACACCCAAAACAAGCAGGACCCAGCAAUCAGCUCAUAUCAUUUUCAGAAUCAGUAUUUCCUGGGAAUUCUUCCCAGAUUCCUGAAACAUCAGAGUCUGGAUGCAGACAAGUUAACACUGAUGGUGAUGAGAAACUUGCUAGUGAUAUUUUUGUUGAACAUCCUAGAGAUGCUGGAGACGUUGAAACAAGCUUUCCUGGAAGUAACUUUGUUUCUUCUUGGGCUCCUAGUACCAGUGAAGAUGUCCGGUCAGAUAUGCCUGUCCAUUUCUCUUUUUAUCCUGAGUAUUUUAGUUCAGAGCAUCCAGUGAGGACGUUAACUCGCCAUGAGGACAUCUAUUCCAUACUCCUUGAACACCCCCCACGCAAACUUGUCCCCAUUGGAGCUGAUCAUCAAGCUGAUGUUCCAACAUGGGACCUACCAGGCUCCACUAGUGUACUGGAUACCUCUUCAAAUUCCAGCCCUGCUGUUGGGGGUAAAUCUGGGGAAAGAUGGAUGGGAACAUGCAUAAUCCCCAUGUCUAAUAUGGAGUUAUCUACCGAUGAUGGUAAAGUUGGAAGGGGCAGAACUGAUUGUAGCUGUGAAGAUUGGGGAUCUGUGAGGUGUGUAAGACAGCAUAUUGCAGAAGCAAGAGAGGAGCUUGCUAAAACAACUGAACUAGAAAGAUUUAAUGAUUUGGGCCUGUGUGAUAUGGGAGAGCAAGUGGCUGAAAAAUGGAAUGCGGAAGAUGAACAACUCUUUCACGAGGUCGUGUUCAGUAAUCCAGCUUCCCUCAGCAAGAAUUUCUGGAACACUUUUCCAAUCGUAUUUCCUGCACGAACCAAAAAGGAGAUAGUGAGCUACUACUUUAAUGUGUUCAUGCUUCGAAGGCGGGCAGAGCAGAACAGAAAUGACCAUUUGAAUAUUGACAGUGAUAAUGAUGAAUGGCAGGGUAGUGAUGCCAAUGAAAUUGCAACCCUAGGGGAAGAUGAGGACUCUGUUGCUGAGUCUCCUGUCUAUCAAGAUGAUACUGAUCAUAAUAACUGCCAUGAAAAUGAUCUGCAAGAUUAUGAUGAGUAUCCUCAAGAUGAAACCUGUGAUACUAAUGAAGUUGUGGACUUUACCAAGAGUGACAUUGACGAUGAUUUAAAAUAUGAUCCUGAAGAGAUGCAGCCUUCCAGCAGUUCCCCACAGCAUAUUCAGUGUCAGGAUAAAAUCAUUUGUCAAGAGAGGUGUGAUGACGAGGCACUGGAUGAAUCAUACACAUCCUCUGACCCAGGAGUUAGUUCACAGGAGAUCAAAGGGAAGACUGAGAAUGAUGAUCUUUGCUCAAAUGACCUCAAUGGGGUAAACAAUGGCUUUAACACAGGAUAUGCUACGGAGUCUUGUGAUGCCAAAGCCUGGGAUUCUGGUUUUAUGUCUUGUGCAAAAGAUAAAAUUGACUUCUUACCUACAUGCAGCAUGAUUGAAGAGGUUUUUGGAGAUGGGCUGAGGCAAGAAAUGAGGAGGGCUUGAGCUUAGUGUUGUGCUAGCUUGGACUCUUCUUCAAUCACAAUUUUGGGAAUAAUCUAUGUCCGAGGCUUUUUAUGUUGAGUGAAUGUCAUCUAGCACUCUUGGCAAAGCAUAAUAAGAGUGAUUCCAACUUGUGUAUACUGACGUGAGAUUGGAAAUAUAACCUUCAUGUAUAUGAGUUUUGGCAAAUGAGUUCGGUUA